UUCACAGUUUGGUCUAAUGUAGCGGAAUAUUUGGAUAUAGAUUACAAUUGAAAUCGGAAAUAAUAAUAUGACUCUUGGCACCUAUCUUCCUUGUUGCCGAAAUAUCGACAUGUUAAAUACCACGUCGGUCAACUUCACUAAUUUCAUGUUUAAAAUCGUUUAAUUCGGUAAUAUCAAAAAACCCGUGAAUGUAAACGAACAAAAAGUAAUCAUUUACGCCGCAAAUGACUAUUAUUAAAAAGAAGAAAUGAAAUGUGUGUCACGGGCUGUCAAACGUCACAAUUAUUUUACAUGUCGGACUGGGAAUUAUGACGGAAAAUAAUUUCUAUAAAAAAGCCGCAAAUUACUGGGCUAACGUGCCCGCGACAAUAGACGGUGUGCUCGGCGGUUUUGGUCAUAUCUCGGACAUUGACAUCGACGGAUCCAGGGCAUUCUUACACAAAGUUCUAACAAGUGAAAAUCCACCGCGUACGAAACUCGCCCUAGAUUGCGGCGCCGGUAUCGGCAGAGUGGCCAAAUACCUGUUAAUACCACAAUUCGAAACAGUUGAAUUGGUCGAACAGGAUGAAAAGUUCAUUAACACUGCGAAACAAUUGAUCGGCGAAGACAAUGCUAAGCUAGGGGCACUGUACAAAAUCGGACUUCAACAUUUCAAACCGCAAAAAAGAUAUGACGUGAUUUGGUGCCAAUGGGUACUUGGACACUUGAAUGAUUACGAUUUAAUUAGCUUUCUGGAGCGAUGUGGCGACGCUUUAGCAGAAAAUGGAGUGAUUAUAGUCAAAGAGAAUAUAACAACUUCUUCAGAAUUGGAAUACGAUGACGAAGAUUCCUCUGUCACCCGCCCUCGCGAUUUAAUGACGAGAAUAUUUAAAGCAGCAAAUUUACGGAUUAUAAAAACAGAUAUUCAAAUUGGAUUUCCCGAACACAUUUAUCCAGUGCACUCGUUUGCUUUAUCUAGAGUUACGUAAAUUCACGUUUUAGUUUAGAAAGCAUAUUUAAUUCAAUAAUGAAAAAUUUAUUCAGUCGGA